GAGCGGUGAUGAUGUUAUUGUGGUGUCAUUAUGGCCAGCUUAGCAGAUGUCGGCUGGAAGCUCCUGGAAUUCAAAGCCAGAUCUAAGCGAUCAGUUUAACUAAUACUGGCGUAGGAUCAUCUAAUGAACAAUGGCCAACACUACAAGCGAGGCACAGAAUGCCCGUCGCAAACUCCGGAAAUUUGGCUCCAUCUAUGAACCCCUUAAGCUAUCCAUACUGCAUCGUGAGGAUGAGCCCCUUUGGGAGAAACUUGACCGCUACUAUAACGCAGUGAAAUGCACCAUUCUCAAUUACCAGAGUCCCACCACUGGUCUGUUUCCAGUGAAGACUUGUUCUGGGUGUAAGGAAGCUAAAGUCAGAGACUCGCUCUACUGUGCUGCAAGUAUCUGGGCCCUGGCUUUGGCAUACAGGCGCAUUGAUGAUGACAUGGGCCGUACACAUGAACUGGAGCACUCUGCCAUUAAGUGCAUGCGAGGGAUUAUGUACUGCUAUAUGCGUCAGUCUGAUAAGGUGGAGAAAUUCAAGCAGGAUCCAAGCCCGUCCACGUGCCUCCACUCAAUAUUUAACGUGCAUACUGGCGAUGAAGUUUAUCCCUAUAAAGAAUACAAUCACCUACAGAUUGAUGCCUUGUCUCUGUUUUUACUGUACCUGGUAGAAAUGAUUUGUUCUGGCCUUCAAAUCAUCUACAAUACAGAUGAGGUAUCGUUCAUCCAGAACAUGGUUUUCUGUGUGGAGAGGGCGUAUCGUGUGCCAGACUUUGGCAUGUGGGAGCGGGGAAGCAAAUAUAACAAUGGAAGCACAGAACUGCAUUCCAGCUCAGUGGGGUUGGCCAAAGCAGCUCUGGAAGCCAUCAAUGGGUUCAACUUGUUUGGAAAUCAGGGAUGCUCUUGGUCAGUCAUUUUUGUGGAUCUGGAUGCUCAUAACAGAAACAGACAGACUCUGUGCUCUCUUCUGCCAAGAGAGUCUCGCUCCCAUAACACGGAUUCUGCCCUUCUGCCCUGUAUCAGCUACCCAGCUUUCGCUGUGGAUGAUGAUGCACUGUAUUCCCAGACUCUGGACAAGAUAGUCCGCAAGCUGAAGGGCAAGUACGGCUUCAAGCGCUUCUUACGGGACGGCUACAGAACAGCCAAUGAGGACAAGAACCGCAGGCACUACAAACCUGCAGAGAUGAAGCUCUUUGACGGGAUCGAGUGCGAGUUUCCUAUUUUCUUCAUCCAUAUGAUGAUUGACGGUGUUUUUCGAGGAAAUCAUGCUCAAGUCAAAGAGUACCAAGAACUGCUAGAAGCCGUUAUUUUCCAGUCUUUUGAGGGCCACGCUGUUAUCCCUAAAUACUAUUACGUUCCGGCCGACUUUGUGGAGGCUGAACAGAAAAAGCAUGGCAGCCAGAAGCGUUUCCCCAGCAACUCAGGCAGCGAUGGCAUGCUGUUCCUCUGGGGGCAGGCUCUCUAUAACAUCGCUAAGCUGCUGGUGGACGAUUUGAUCAGCCCAAAAGACAUCGAUCCCAUCCAUCGCUAUGUGCCACGGCAGGAUCAGAGGAACGUCAGUAUGCGAUACUCCAAUCUGGGUCCCAUUGAGAAUGAUGUGGUCAUCCACGUGGCCCUGAUAGCCGAGAGUCAAAGACUGCAGGUCUUCCUCAACACCUACGGCAUCCAAACUCAGACCCCGCAGCAGGUGGAGCCCAUUCAGAUAUGGCCCCAGAAAGAACUAGUGAAGGCAUAUCGCUUCCUCGCCAUAAAUAAGAAACUUGGUUUAAGUGGGAGACCAGAAAGGCCUGUUGGUUGCAUUGGCACUUGCAAGAUUUAUCGUAUUCUUGGGAAGACUGUAGUCUGCUAUCCAAUCGUAUUCGAUCUCAGCGACUUCUACUUGUCCCAGGAUGUCAUGCUUUUGAUCGAUGAUAUAAAGAAUGCCUUGCAGUUUAUUAAGCAAUGCUGGAAGAUGUCGGGACGACCUCUUUUCUUGGCGCUCAUCAGAGAGGACAACAUCAAGGGGAGCCGAUUCAACCCCAUUCUGGACAUGCUGGCAUCAUUUAAGAAAGGAAAUAUUGGUGGCGUUAAAGUUCAUGUGGAUCGUCUUCAGACACUGAUCUCAGGCGCUGUGGUGGAGCAACUUGACUUCCUACGUGUCAAUGAAGCUGAAAUCCCAGAGUUUAAGAGCUUUGAGGAGCUGGAGUUGCCCAAGCAUUCGAAGGUGAAGCGUCAAACCAGCACACCAAACGCUUCGGACCUGGAGCAGCAGCCCGAGAUCAACAUUGAGGAGUGGUUCCAUAAACCCACAUUUGAGAUUAUACAGAAAUUCAAAGACUGUGACUGUUUGGCCACUCAGGCCCAGUUGGCCAGCAUUCUCUUUAAGAAAGAAGGUCCUGACUUCUUCGAUAAAAACGAGAAUCUCAAGGAUGAGUUGGAGAGAAUUUACAGAAGAGCUGGGAGCAGGAAGCUUUGGUCCGUUGUGCGCCUUGCUGCCAGUCUCUUAACUAAACUAGUGGACAGCCUUGCCCCCAGCAUUACUAGCAUUUUAGUGCAUGGCAAGCAGGUGACUCUUGGACUAUUCGGGCAUGAGGAGAUAGUGAUAUCUAACCCCCUGUCUCCAGGGGUCAUUAAAGACAUCAUCUACAGUAAGUGCAGCCCUCAUGGCGAGCGAGAGGCCGUGCUGCAACAAGAGCUUGUCAUCCACAUCGGCUGGAUUAUCUCCAACAACCCAGAGCUCUUCAGUGGCAUGCUGAAGAUCCGUGUGGGGUGGAUUGUUCAAGCCAUGAAGCACGAGUUGAAGAUUCGAGCUGGUGACAUGCCACCUCAGGACAUCUACCAGAUGUCCCCUAGUGAUGUCAAACAGCUACUGCUGGAUGUCCUCCAGCCUCAGCAGACUGGCAGGUCCUGGCUUAACAGAAGGCAGAUUGAUGGCUCGCUCAACCGAACCCCGCUGGGCUUCUAUGAUCGGGUUUGGCAAAUCCUGGAGAGAACACGUAAUGGUAUUACGGUUGGAGGAAAUCAUCUCCCUCAGCAACCUACACUAUCAGAUAUGACCAUGUACGAGAUGAACUUUUCUCUGUUGGUGGAGGACACGCUGAAGAACAUUGUUUUGCCUGAAAAUAGACAGAUUAUUGUGGAGCUGUUGAUGGUGGUGUCAAUUGUGCUGGAAAGAAACCCAGAGCUGGAGUUUCAGGAGCCGGUGGAUUUGGACCGGCUGGUUAAAGAUGCAUUUGCAGACUUUCAGAAAGACCACAGCAGACUAGAAGUGUCUGAGAAACAGGGUAACAUGGGGGCUUUCUACAACACACCAGCCCUGGGUAAAAAAGGUACAUCCAGCUACCUGACUAAGGCAGUAAUGAUCCAGCUGCUUCAGGGAGAGGUGAAGCCCAGUAAAGAUGACCCGUGCUCAGUCAGCUAAAGCAGGCCCAGUCUAACACAGAAUUAGUUUUACGUACAAAAUGUAAUGUAUAAAUAUAUUCAUUUAGAGCUUUGACUGUCCAUCUGUUUUGAAAACCCGAGAGUACAGCUUCACUUGGGAGCCUCAUAUAAGUAUUAAAAACAUACUGUACAUUUCUUCCUAUUUUAUGGGCUGUGACAUUUGAAAUGCCUUAAUGACCAGGUCAGUGUACUGUUAUAGUAUACUAUAGGGAUGAAGAACUGUUUUACUGAACUACCGUGGUCAGUAGGUCUGCAUGUCAUCAUUUCUGCAGGUGGGUUUGUUUUGAAUAGUGACACAGUGAUGUCACAUAAACAGAGUUUAAAGUAACAAUAUACUUAAUCGUUGUUACGUAGCAUUUAUGUGUUUCUUAACUUUAUGUAGUUUGUAUUUAAUUCUAAUGAGUUUACUUUAGAGCCUAUGGCUCCUUGUUAUUGUAUCAUGUGUCACUUGCGUAUAUGUUUAUGUGAAUUCUAAUAGAAAAUUGUGAGUGCAUGACAGUAGUUUUUCAAUCUAUUACAGUACUGGUGCAGCAAAACUAUAUUAAAAGAGAAAAUAAAUAGCUUUAACUUGGAAUGUGUGAUUUCUUUCCUCUUUUUUGGCGUUGGCUGCGUUAUAAAGCUCAAUGCUUUGGCACUAAUAUAAAAGUGGCUCGUGUUGCAUAGAUCUUGUUAUUGGGGAACAUCUCAAGGGAGAAGCUCAGAAGAAAUCUUGUUUGUUGGAGCGGGUGUGUCCGCGCACCGAGAUGCUUGUUUAUUAUGCUGGCCACAGAUAUCAGCCUCCACUUAUGAGAGUGUGAUCAGAAAUCUCAACAGUUCUCCUGAGGAAUGACUAGAGGAGCUGUGUCCGAAACUCAAAAUAUAUUAAACUUGGAGAGCAUAUUGAGAGCCUGAAGUAUGCGUCCCUCCCCUGAGGAAAAACAGAAGAUUUGAAUGCAUGGCAAUAGUACAAGAGUUUAUGGCUGAAGUUUUGUUGAUUAUCAAACUGAAAUAAAUCAUCAAAUGCAUCACGUACAAGUGCGGAGAGCUGUUCUCAUGAUAAUUAUAGUUCUCACAGGUUCACGUGAAAACAUCUGUAAGACGAGAGCUAAUGUGAUUUCUCAUGACACUUUAAAGAAUAAAACACUUCCU